GGCAAUGAGUGCAGCUUGCAACUGACAGUUGACACGGCGCCGCGACAGAGUGCGCACGAGUGACGAAAUGCCGCGCGCGCAUCUCCUUUUAGUGGUUACGACGAUUGUGUUCACAGCUGCAGAAGAUGUCGUUUCUACACCGAAGCCGAAGAAAGUCCUAGACACAAUCAUGAACCCAGUCUACAUACCAGCACAGGAGAAACAUAGCUCCUACUGGAGAAAUACCGCUCAAGAUGUCCUAAACUCCAAGUUGAUGGAGACCUUGAACAAAAACAAAGCCAAGAACGGAAUACUGUUCAUAGGCGAUGGAAUGUCGCUAGCGACGGUCAUGGCAGCGAGGACUUUCGCCGGUCAGCUGGAGAGAGAGUUGGGAGAAGAUAAUGUUCUGGAUUUUGAGAAGUUUCCUGUCAGUGGAUUAGCUAGGACUUACUGUAUAGAUGCCCAAGUACCUGACUCAGCCUGCACAGCGACCUCUUAUCUCACCGGAGUGAAGACCAAAUAUGGGGUCAUCGGGCUGGACGGCAACGUCACCCGGGGGUCAUGCCACUCGCAGCUAUACAAACAGAACUGGACCCCAUCUAUUGGUCAAUGGGCGUUGGACAAAGGAUUGGACGUUGGGUUUGUAACAACGACCCGUGUGACCCACGCCUCCCCUGCGGGCAUGUACGCGCACUCCUCCGAGCGGAACUGGGAGGCGGAUGCCGAUGUGCCUGACGAAUGCCUCAGCCUGGGCUGCAAGGACAUCGCGUACCAACUCGUCACCACCAACCCGGGUAGACAUUUCAAGGUGAUUAUGGGCGGUGGGCGGCGAGAGUUCACUCCGAAUGUGACAACAGCGCUGACCAAUAGCACCGGCAAAAGGGUCGACGGCGUAGACCUGACCGAGCUGUGGCAUGAAGACAAGAUCGAGAGGAACGUAACACACCAAUACGUCACUGACAGAAACGAUCUGUUUAAGGUGUUUAAUUCGGAUGACUUGCCCGAGUACCUCUUGGGUUUAUUCCAGGAUGACCACAUGGAUUACCAUUUGAAGGCAAACAAUCAGCCCACCUUGGAGGAAAUGGUAGAAGUGGCGAUCAAAAUGCUGAGCAGAAGUAGCAAAGGAUUCUUUUUAUUUGUUGAGGGUGGCAGAAUAGACCACGCACAUCACGAAAGUUAUGCCUAUCUCGCGCUCGACGAAACCGUCGAAUAUUCCAAAGCUGUCAAGAAAGCCAGGGAGUUGACGAAUGUGAACGAUACCCUCAUCGUCGUGACUUCCGACCACGCUCACACCAUGACUGUUGCCGGCUACCCCUCAAGGGGUAACGAUAUUUUAGGGGUAGUAGACACAGCGACGGGGCAAGAUAACAAACCUUACACUACUAUUAGUUAUGCUAAUGGCAAAGCAGCGUCUAUUGAUGAAGGCGGCAGGAUUGAUGUUACGUUGAGCAGCCAAUUUAUUAAUCGUACCCUAGACUAUUCGUACCCAAGUUUAGUCCCUCUGGACUCAGAGACCCAUGGAGGGGAGGACGUCGCUGUGUACGCCUCUGGACCCUGGCAGCAUCUCUUCACCGCCAGCUACGAACAGUCAGUGGUGCCACACCUCAUGGCAUACGCCAUGUGUGUUGACGACAACCUGCACGACCACUGCACAGCCAAACCCUCCCCCGGCGCGGGAGUUGACAUGAAACCAAACAAGUAUUAUGUGUUAGGACUAAGUGCUGUGAUAUUUGUUGUUAGUUUAUGUUUUUAAUUAAUUUAUUUUCGAGGCUCAGUUACUUAAUUUAAACCUUUUAAGCCGGGUCUACAUCUCUGUCGUACACCCGACUCGUUCACCGUAUCAUUUGUUGUACCGUAUCUUGCGGUACGACACUUUACGAAUGGCGUGGGAAGCAACGAGGGAAGUAGGCAGGGUCGUUACUCUUCCUGCCACAUUUCAGCAGUAGCGCGAGGAGCUGUGGCUACGGCAUUAUAAGAUGUGUUUUGUCAACUUCUUAGGCUUAAACCGACUCGACAUGGAACAGGCCGUGUCCGAUUGGCUUAUCGAGACCGUGUAUUUUGGCAUGCGUAUCCAAUUCGCCCACUUACUUAAUUACCUAAAUAUUAUAUACUCAGAGGCACAAAUUAUCCACUCACUUUAUUAUAAUCGCGUCUUAUUAAAGAUAAUUGUGCCUCUGAGUCUAUAACUCAAAGGUGACUGACUGACAUAGUGAUCGCACAACCAACCCACAAGACGGAUCGGGCUGAAAUAUGGCAUGUAAGUAAAUUUUAUGACGUAGGCAUCCGCUAAGAAAGGGUUUAGAUCAAUUCUACCCCCAAGGGGAUAAAAUAGGUGUUGAAAGUUUGUAUGGAAUACCAAGCAUUUUUAAAAUUAAAUCCCUAAAGUGGUGAAAUAGGGGUUGAAAGUUUACAUAGAUUUCCACGCGGACGAAGUUGUCGGCGUCCGCUAGUACAUUAUAAUACGCGUCAAUAAUACGGAUCGAGUUAAUGAUACAAAUGUGGACCCGGCUUUUAAAGUUAUACAGAAAAUUUUAUUGUACAGUGCUUUGUGUUCCUCUUUCUAAAGUCAAAUUAUCGACUGGAACCAGUUUGACUACAAAUGAGUGGAGAACACAAAAAUGUAAUCUACUCUGAAGUUACAUGGAUUUUUUUUACCAAUUAAACCCUUAAUUACUCGUGGUAUGCUAAGCACCACACACUGUGCCUAUGAUUUUUUAAUUUAUAAGGUGUUGCGUUGGUUAUUGUGAAUUGCGUUUAUUUAUAAAGCGUGUUUAUUUAUAAAUUUUCGUUCGUUUUUUUUUCUUUUUAAACUAUCGCUAACCAACAAAAAAAAAAUCAAAACCGAUAAACCAAAAUGUUAAUAAUAGUGUUAAUUUAUUCUAAUAAAGUAAAAAGGGUUGAAAUAGAUAAUUGGAUCGAGUAACUAAGGGUUCUGUGUAGCUCUUAAAUGUGACUUGAAAUAAAUAAAAUGUAAAUAUUAUAAACUAUAAUUAAUUUUAAUUUAAGUAUAUUUUUGUUACUGUUGUUGUAAAAAUAUCAUAGAAGUACGGCCUUAUUUUUAAACAUGGACUAGGAUUUAACCAUUAUUUUUUUUUCAAAAUAAAGUUUACUUUACCGUAACCGUAGUGAUUAGGUCCACUUUAAUUUGAAGAAAAUUGAGUUAAAAAUCUUGCUUCAUGUUUAAGGGUUUAAGUAGAUAAAAUAAUAUAAGUACAAACUUAGUAAUAUGAAUGGAUGGAAUCAACUGUUCAAUGUAUGUAUAUUAUAGUACAAAAUGAAAUGAUGUAAAAUAAUAUUAUUUAUGUUUGUUAGAGAUAAAUUUUUAUUUAUUCAACGUUGUUGUUUUGUAUUCUUUACUAUUCUAUAAAACUAUUAUAAUUUCACGUACACUCGGUAAGUUAAUUAAUUAAUUUAACAAACAAACAACUUACUAAUAGUAACUUCUAACCCAUUCCUGCACUUAAGUAUUUUUUUUAUACAUGUCUUUACAACAGUGAUCAUUUUUUAUUUUCCACUUUUAAUAUAAAUGCUCGGGUAUUAUAGACCGACAAAUUUACUUUUGAACCGAUGAACCAUACAAGUGUUUAAACUGUUUAUUUAUUUAUUUCUGUAUUUUAAAAAUGAUUCACUGAGUAAAUGUUUCAUAAUAAUAUUUUGUUUUUAUCAAAAGCUAUGUUUAAUUACAUUAAUAACUUUGUUAUUUACUAAUUAUUAUAUUAUUUAUAUACAACUGAGCUUAUUUUUACGUCUUCCAUACACAACUGUUACCUAAGUGCCUGUAUAAUAACGUGAUAAUAAUAGAUAAUUACUUAUUUAAUUAUUAAUAAUAUUCAAAUACAUUCAAUUAAUUGAUAUUUUUAAUAACUAAUUCUUACGUUAGACAUUUGACAACGCAUUUUUCAGUUGUUAUCACAGAUUAAUCAAUAAUAGUCAGAUGGACCACGGAACACGACGGUACUCGCUCCAAAUACAAAAUUCAAAAACCAAUACAUUUUCGAGACAGGUUACGACACGAAGCGUCGCAUCACUUUCAAUAUUAUUUAAGAAAAAUGGUGUCUCAUGUUUUUAAAUACUUUAAAAAAUGUUCACAAAAACUAAAGAAAGGAGAUGAAGUAUUUUUUUAUUGGCAAUUAUUGAUUAUUAUAUUAAUUUAAAAUACAUGAAAUACAAACUAUGAAAAAAGUUUGUAUAAAUGCGGACGUCAAGGAGACGCGUGACGUUUUUUUUAUUGGUGAUAAAGACUACUCCGUAUAUCUUUACUCUGUGGUAGAUAUGGGCUAUCCAUAUAGUAUCCAUAGUAUGACGCCACAUUUGUAUAAACGAUGUUACAACUGAAAACUGGACAUAAAUAAUAAUGUAUUAUAAUAAUACAUAUAAUGAAAUAUUAUAACCAUUCUACAAAAACAUCAAUGUACUCAAGUUAAGCUUAUUGGGUUGCUCCUUACCGAUGGUUAAAAAAUCUCGAGUCAUGUAAUUCUUUUAGUCAUAGGUAUUUCCUAGAUUUUCUGUACUAGUAGGUACCUUACGCUUAUUUAUAGAAUGUUCGAAAGUUAAAUGGACCCGUAUUUAAUAAAGGGCUACGCUGAUAGUAAUUUAAGAAAAGAAUAUGCUUAAAAGAUGAAGUCAUUUUACUCGUAACUGCUGAAAAAUGCGUUGUUUGCUGUGAAAGAUAAUUGACCAACCGAUAGACGCGAUUUGUUCCUGAUAUAUACAAUUAAAAAUUACAAUGAAAAAUCG